AUGAAGCGCCGAGUUCUGUUCCUUUCUGCCAUAAUUGCAAUGUACGUCGUGGUCAACGCGCUUGUGCAGUAUGUGUUCGACGCGGCCGCCAUUGAGACCGCCCUGGAACAGAUUCGCUCUGUCACCGACGUGAAGGGGGGCCCGGUCCUUGCCAAGCUUCUUUUGCGUCGCUUGGACUGA